ACCAACCCCCAACUCUGUUUACUGCCAUCAGAUUGCAACAAGCAAAAUAAUGGUAGCUGCAGCAUGUGAGUCAGAGACAGAGUCAGGAGGAACAUGUUGCAGAUGUGUGACUUGCAAACAUCCUUCUACUCAUUUCCUCCUAUCUCAAUGUCCAUCCUUGUUGAACUUAAUCACUCACGCUCUGGACAUACAUAAAUAUAACACUUUUUCUUCACUCUCACCGGACUUGAGUCAGCGAAUUUUUAACAAUUUGGUUUACUCCUCCUAUCUCACACCUGCUUCCCUCCAACCCUUUCGAGAUUCUGCCCUCCAGGAUAGUUACUUGGGAGAAUAUGCAAAUGCAUAUGGUGGUGGUGGUGCUGCUGCUGCUGCAAUUGUGGUUGAUGCUUGGAUGGAUGUCAUCUCAUCACAGGGAUCCUCUUUACUUAAACUUCUGCUUCAGUAGCAUUAAACUUGAAAGAAAUUUUCACAUAU